AUGGCUGUGCGUACGAUGAUGCAACUUGGAUGCAAACAAAUCCGUUUGUACAGCUUUGUACGAUUAUUUACAAAGAGCGCAAGGGUUGGCCAAGGAACAUGGGAUGGACAGAUGCCCCCAGAGGGGGCUGAAAGGAGGAAGUUACCCCUGGGUAUGAACAUUGAAAAUAUCGGAAAAAAUAAAUUGCUUUACUUAAUGAAGAACAUACAACUGCUGAACCUAACGGAGAAGGAAAUCCUGAACACUAUCUCAACACUGUUGAUGAAUCACAUGAACGAAAUGACUACAUGCGAGAUGAGUUUUAUGGUACACACGUUCUGUAAGCUAAAGUUCAUUAAGUAUUCUUUGCUUACAAAAAUUGUGCAGUCUAUUAUGAGUAGGAAACCCGUGUUCAAGGACAUGAGAACGCUGACCCAGUUACUUAUAGACCUACACAAAAUGGGCUCCCUAGAUUUUAACAUCAUAACAUUCUUCACACAACAUUAUAUUAGAGGUUCUGUCCGCAUGUUUUCUCUUUUCGACCUAUCCAUAAUUUUGUAUGUCUAUAACAAGCAUAGUUACAACGAUGGGGCAACGGUUCGGGAGAUUUGCAGCGUCAUCCGGGAUUUUUUCAUGCCGAUAGUGAGUCAGGAGAAGGGAGUUCUAAGCACCAUCCUCCUCAGCCUCUCCAUGCUACAGCUUAACCGGGAUCUCUACAUCAACCUGCUACAUCAGCAUGUCCACAAAAAAUACAACCAGUUUGAAGCCAAGUAUCUGUGUAAUAUUGUUUAUUCCGUGGCUCUGUGGCUAGCUGGAGAUUGUGAAAAGGUCGAUUUGUUAAAAGGGGAAUCAAACCACCUGCCACGUGAUACCUCGACUGAUAUCCUACAGGAGGUGUUGAGAGAUGUCACAGCAAUCCUCCUGCAGAAUGUGAACGUGCUGAAGAACGAAGAGCUCAAGCAGGUCCACAUAGUGCUCUACCUCCUAAGGGAACUCGGGGGAGACUACCAACAAGCCAUCAACAUGAUCGAAAAAAAAAAAAUAAAAAAUACAUUAACAGUGUCCAAGAUGCAGAAACAGCUAGAAAAGCUUCUGAAAGAAAUGGGUCUUAAGGCGGAGCGCGAAUUCCCCAUGGGUCCCUAUGUCCUGGACUUCGCUCUGCAGAAGAAGCGGACCUGCAUCGAAGUUAAUGGGUUCACGCACUACUACACCUUCGGAGGGGAACUGAACGCGAAAAGUAGGUUGAAGUACUACAUCCUCCGUAGGCUCAACUGGAAGGUACUCACAGUGGAGUACACAAGCUGGAAGAACAAGUCCAAGGAGGAUAAGAUAAAAUAUCUGGAGGAGAAUGUCCUAAGAAGGAUAGGUUGA